AUGGAACUCUCCGACAUCUUCCGCAUCGUCAACUUGGCCGUUGGUGCCAUUACCGUUCUCGGUGGUAUCGCGUCCAUCUUUGGACUCUCGCUUUCUGCCAUCAUCGUCGGUGCCUACCUGAUCAUAUUUGGUCUCUGCAUUGCCCUCCUCGAGUUCCAGAUUCCUCCCCAGGUUUCGCGCUACGCUUCCUUCCUCUUCUCCUUUGUUGGACGAGGUGCCUUCUACAUCUUUGUCGGCUGCCUGAUUAUAGGCGACAAGACCCUCAGCCAGAUUGCCGGUGGAAUCGUCGGCAUCACCGGCGUCGGAUACGUUGCCCUCGAGUUCAUCCCUGCCAUCGAGCCCCCGGCCAACAUGCGCGAGGCCGACGCUGGCUGGGGAGCCGAGCAGGUCUAA